AAACCAGAAACAACUUAGCUCUUCAACAAAGCAUCAUCUACUUUAGUCUCAAAGAAGUCUUCAUCAGUUUACAUAUUAAGUAGGUAAUAUUUUCUCUAUUUGAACUACAACUUCUCCAAGGACAUAAUGAAUGCCAUUCUACUGUUCGCUGUAGCGAUGUUUGGAGCCCUGCCUCUCUGUACUGGACACUUGAUAUACCGGAGGACGAAAUAUCUCUCCCCGGUCAUCCACAAGCGUACUAUCAUCAUGCCUCCUCGAAUCUACAUUCACAGAUAUCCCACCUACACGAUCCAGAAGAACAUGGGGACCGUCUACCCUACACGUGGACACGGACCCUUCUACAGACCAAAUUUUCCCGCCAAUAUAAACACCUUUCAUCCGCAAGCGACUGUUACACCGAAUUUCGUUGUCCCCUCGAAAGGGCACGUAGUGAAUACGGGAUUUAUUACCCCUAUUAAUGGUGGUAUGGUAAACAAUGUAAACGAGGGUUUCGUAAAUCCAGGAUUCGUCGUCCCGAGAGAUUUGCCUCCAAUGGAUUUCAAUAAGAAUGUCAUUAUCCAGGGACUUACUUCUUUCCCUGGAGACAAUGUCCCUUUCCCGGUAGCUGAGACUGGUAUAGGCUUCAACACCAAAAAUGUGGAUGCUGACGGAAAACCAGUUGUUCAGGAACAAAACAAAAAUGGAGACCAAGCACAAACGCCCGAUUCUUCCUCUCUUGGUGGUACUUCCGGUAUAGAAGGCGGGCUCCCUGUUAUCAGUCCCGUAGUUGUUACAGAAACCGGUAAUGGAGCAGGAAGUCCAGUCAUAACACCAGUUGUCAUCACCGAUGCAUCUGAUGCUGUCUCCGAACCCCUAACUACAGGGCUUCCUGAGCUGACCUUCCCGGAUGUAGGGUUACCAGACACCAACCAAAUCUUCCCUGGGGUCGGAGGAGAGAAACAGAAUUCGAGGUGUCAUAAGACGGGGUGUGAUACCGGCGCUGAAUGUGUGUUCGCGGAAGAAUACAUUUGCCCUAGCUACAUCCCGUCCGUCGAGUGCGAGUGCCGUCUGGGAUGUCGUCUCGACAACACUUUUAUACCUCUUGGUGGCUCAAUCACCAUCGACGUUUGUGGAAACACCUGUUCCUGUAACAACAUGUACGGAGCGGCUGAGUGUACACAGCGCAUGUGCAAACCAGAAGACCCAACUGUUUCUAUAGCCGGAACUGUUUCAUCUGAUUCUGAUAUCGGAGGAUUCCAGGGCGCAUUCGAUAGCAUCCCUUCAACGAAACCUGACAGCGGCGCAUUCGAUUUUCCUGCUAGUUCCUCAAAUCGUGUAACAGUCCCAGAAUUACAACAAUUUACUGAACCGAUGCAGGUGGUCGAAAAGAUUGUGAAAGAGUCUUCAUUAGCAGAAUCUGUUCAAGAUGGUUUAGUAACGACAGAAUCGUCAAUUCCUCAAGUUGAACUGAACAACGCUAUUGGACUUUCAAACCCAGACGUCACAACAUCUCCUUCAGAACCCUCGACAGAAUCUCCUUUAGUCUAGAGUCUUCAAACUAAGCUAGUCGAGUCGAAGAGUAUUGUCCGGGGUGUUGCGAUUGACCCGGAUAUACAACGAAAGGUGUUGAAUGUCGGUGACUGAAAAUAGACAAUUGAACAUCGGUGAAUUAACGUCAGACACUCAACAAACAAUUCCAUUAAUCUAAAUUUCAUAUAUGGUCUGACCGGAAGUGAAAAAAGUGCAACGUUACAUAAAGUACUAUUUUAUUGAUUCCGGCCAGUUAGUGCAAGAACUUUGAAAAAUGAGUGAUGUUUUGAAUUCACAAAUAACUAACGGAACUCUUGAGUACGGUAGCUUACUUAGGUAUGGAGGGCUAUAAGAGAAAGAUUGAAUACUAGGGCGAGUGUAUAGUAGUGAGAGGUUAGUAAUUUAUUCACAAGAUUUUGAAACUGAGAACAGUUUCUUUUUUAUUGCAUGUUUUGUCCCUGUCAAAUAACUUGGAAUCGUGAUAUGUGCUACUUUUUGUGCUAAUCACAUGUAGACUUAUGUCCCCAUUAAUUUACGUAGUUAAUCAAAUAACAUCUUUCAAAUAUAUCAUGUACAUGAAAUCCUUAUUCCAUUGUAUAUCAUUUAUAUAUUAAAUUAUUUGCUUUUUUACAAUAAAAUGCAGGAACUAUUAAA